AUGAUAAAGCUAUUUAUGCGAUGGGUACUCAAUUUGGUGAUAUCAAGAGAGGAAGGUUUGGAAUUUGAUCCUUGGAAAGAGAUACCUUUCACUUAUAAUGAGUAUGGGAAACCUUUACUCCCGUAUAAGUUCCAAUUCAAUCAGACUUCGUCUAAUGAUUUGAUUUCUAUAGCCAUUGAUUUCCACGGAGAUCCAAUUGGAAUAGACCUAUCACACUCCCAGCAGGCUGUAUCGUCACAAGGGUUUAUGGAGCAAUUCCAAGGAAUCUUUGGGGAAUCAGAGAUUUGUCAGUUGAUGGAAAUAGAGGACAUUUCUCAGAGAUACAUAGUGUUCAACCAAUUUUGGACCCUUAAGGAAGCUUUCACCAAACUCAUAGGUACGGGGUUGAACGUUGACUUGAGCAAGUUUCAAUUCGACUUGCACAAACAACACGUAGAGCCCGGAACAGAGGUGAACUUUCAAGAAAUCGGGGAAUUUACCAGGUUAUGGAAACAAAGCGAUGUUGAUUACACCGAUUUGAACCACCCAGCAGUUUCACAGAUACUGAAAAAACCAUAUUGUUGGUCUAGCAUAGUGAUUAAUGGGCAAUUACCGGUAAUUUUGUCUGUAAUCUCUCUAUCAGCAGACGUUCCGGUCAAUUAUACUGUAAAUUUGUUGCCUUUUCUUGCAGAAAAUGCCCCUUAA